CGUGGAUGCGGUAUGUUUCCUCGAAGCUCUACUUGCGCGCUCGCUGUGCCUGCUCGCUGUGCUUGUUCGCUCUGCUUGCUACGCUUGCCCUGCUUGCUACGCUCGCUCGACAGCUCACCUCACUACGCCCAGCUCGCUGACACAGCACAGAAGUCAGACAAGCCUCGACGCUCAAAACGUCGUACCGUUCGCCGCGGCCUCUCCAAAUUCAAGCGCGCCUGCGUGCGACACACAUGGCUCCUCCCGCUCCUCCUCCUCCUCGCCAUCGUCGCGCUCUAUCUCGUCUACCCCCAUCCCUCGAACCCCGUCUCCGCCUGCCUGUUCCUCUCCUACCCGCUCCCACGCUCCGACCCUCUAGUCCCCGCAUCAGUCCGCGCAGACCCCAACGCGCCCACACACUAUGGCAAGGGUGCGCGCGACUUUGCUUUUGUCGGCUUCUACAUCAUCGUCCUCAGCUUUACGCGCGAGUUUUGCAUGCAGCGCCUCAUCCGCCCAAUCGCAGUUGCCUGCGGUAUCAAGGGCCGGGCUAAGCAGAGCAGGUUCAUGGAGCAGGCGUACACGGCGCUGUACUUCGGUCUGUACGGACCAUUCGGCUUGUGGGUCAUGAGCCGCAGCCCGGUCUGGUACUUCAACACUACCGGCAUGUAUGACGGUUUCCCGCACAGGACGCACGAGGGCAUGUUCAAGGCGUACUAUCUCCUGCAGGCAAGCUACUGGGCACAGCAGGCCAUUGUGCUGCUCCUGAUGCUUGAGAAGCCGCGCAAGGACUUCAAGGAGCUGGUUGCCCACCACAUCAUCACCCUGGCUUUGAUCUGGCUCAGCUACCGCUUCCACUUCACAUACAUGGGCAUCGCGGUAUACAUUACCCACGACGUGUCCGACUUCUUCCUCGCGACGAGCAAAAUCCUCAACUACGUCGACUCCGCCAUCGUCGGCCCCUACUUCUUCGUCUUCAUGUGCGUCUGGGGCUACCUGCGGCACUUCAUCAACCUCAAGAUCCUCUACUCGAUCCUCACCGAAUUCCGCAGCGUGGGGCCCUUCGAGCUCAACUGGGAUACGCAGCAGUACAAGUGCUGGAUCUCACAGUACAUCACCUUCGCGCUGCUGGCGAGUUUGCAGGCUGUGAAUCUGUUCUGGUGGUUCUUCAUCUGCAGGAUUGCGUAUCGGUUCAUUGUGUACAAGGAUGCGGAUGACGAUCGUAGUGAGUACGAGCCCAGCGACGAGGAGACCAAGGAAAGGCUGGAGGAUGUGAAGAGUAUGAGCAUCAAUGGCGUUGCGGCUGAGACUGCGAACGGUGUGAAGAGGACCAUUUCGAACGUCGAUGCGCCGAGUACGCCUGUGCAGACGAUGGAGGCGAAGGAGCCGGAAACCAUCGGGAGCAGGGUCAAGCAGAGGAAGAAGGUCGGUGCCUCAUAAGCGUAGCAGAAGCUGUGAAAGACUGGGGUUGGACACAGGCUCAAAAGGGAAAAGGGUGAAAACGGAAAGACGGGGAAGAAGGGAUUAUGCAUCGCAAAGUCACGGCCUGGAUUGGGGUCGGGUGGACGAUCUGCUUGUAUUGGAAAGUAAUUGAGCGAUGGUUGUAUCAUAGACGUGUGGAAGAGUCCGCAAUUCCUUGGUAGGGUGCGACGAACUAGGGGACUACAUACUGUAACAAAUGAAGUUGAC